AUGCCUGAAAAUCCUGCUCCAGAUAAACUGCAGGUCCUACAAGUUCUUGAUCGACUGAAAAUGAAACUGCAGGAGAAGGGGGACACAUCGCAGAAUGAGAAACUCUCUCUGUUUUAUGAAACACUAAAGAGCCCUCUCUUCAAUCAGAUCCUUACACUUCAGCAGUCCAUCAAGCAACUGAGAGGGCAACUCAGCCACAUACCCUCAGAUUGUUCAGCCAACUUUGAUUUUUCUAGGAAAGGUUUAUUAGUGUUUACAGAUGGUGCCAUUACUAACGGGAAUGCCCAAAGACCCUCUAAUAACCUGACUGCCUCUGGGUUGUUUCCUUGGACUCCUAAUCUGGGAAAUGAAGACUUUAAUUCAGUCAUUCAACAGAUGGCUCAGGGUCGCCAAAUUGAAUAUAUCGAGAUAGAACGACCUUCAACUGGAGGCCUGGGAUUCAGUGUGGUGGCCCUUAGAAGUCAAAAUCUGGGAGAAGUUGAUAUCUUUGUGAAGGAGGUGCAGCCGGGGAGUAUAGCAGACAGGGAUCAAAGAUUAAGGGAAAAUGACCAAAUAUUGGCUAUUAAUCACACACCGCUGGAUCAGAACGUUUCCCAUCAGCAAGCAAUUGCAUUAUUGCAACAAACCACUGGAUCUUUGCGUCUGGUCGUGGCCAGGGAACCAGGCCACAUGAAGAGCAGUACGUCCACCAGUCUAACUGAUACAACUGUGCCGGAAACAGUUCAUUGGGGCCAUAUUGAAGAUGUUGAGCUCAUUAAUGAUGGCUCUGGAUUAGGUUUUGGAAUAGUUGGAGGAAAAUCGAGUGGUGUGGUUGUGAGGACAAUAGUUCCUGGAGGAUUAGCGGAUCGAGAUGGAAGACUCCAGACAGGGGACCACAUCUUGAAGAUUGGUGGCACAGAUGUGCAGGGAAUGACCAGCGAGCAAGUUGCCCAAGUACUAAGGAACUGUGGGAAUUCAGUCAGGAUGCUUGUUGCAAGAGACCCAGUUGGUGAAAUUUCUGAAACCCCUCCCCCCCCUGCAGCCUUACCCGUAGCCCUGCCUGCUGUAGCCAACAGGAGCCCUAGUGUUGACAGUUCUCUUUUUGAAACUUAUGAUGUUGAACUCAUUAAAAAAGAUGGACAAAGUCUUGGAAUUAGAAUUGUUGGGUAUAUUGGAACUCCUCAUACAGGGGAGGCUUCAGGGAUUUAUGUGAAAAGUAUAAUACCUGGCAGUGCUGCAUACCACAAUGGCCAAAUUCAAGUGAAUGACAAAAUAAUUGCUGUUGAUGGUGUCAAUAUUCAGGGUUUUGCCAACCAGGAUGUUGUUGAAGUGUUACGAAACGCAGGGCAAGUGGUACACCUAACUCUGGUUCGAAGGAAGACAUUUGCAUCUGCUUCUCCACACGAAUGGCCUUCAGACAGAGGAACUGUCAUAGAAUCAUCGGAAAUACCAGCCCUCUAUUCAACUGGAGCAGUGGAAACAGAAACGAAUUUGGAUGGUGGGGAUGAGGAAACUGAAGAAAGAAUGGGUAAUCUAAAAGCCUUAGAAAAAUUAGAAAAUGUUCCUGACUCUCUAGAAAAUGAGCUGAAAUCUAGGUGGGAAAACCUUUUGGGUCCAGAUUAUGAAGUAAUGGUUGCGACUCUGGAUACCCAGAUUGCAGAUGAUGCUGAGUUACAAAAAUAUUCAAAGUUGCUGCCCAUUCACACUCUGAGACUUGGCAUGGAAGUGGAUUCCUUUGAUGGGCACCAUUAUAUAUCUUCAAUUGUUCCAGGUGGUCCUGUUGAUACACUGAAACUUCUGCAGCCAGAGGAUGAGCUUCUUGAGGUCAAUGGUGUGCAGCUCUAUGGGAAAUCUCGCCGAGAAGCAGUCUCCUUUCUCAAAGAAGUGCCACCUCCCUUUACCUUGGUUUGCUGUCGACGACUCUUUGAUGAUGAAGCCUCUGUAGAUGAACCAAGGACCACUGAAGCCUCUCUUCCCAAGAUAGAGGCUGACCACAGUGUAGAUGUCCAUACUGAAGAUGAUGAUGAUGGGGAAUUAGCAUUAUGGUCUCCUGAAGUCAAGAUAGUUGAACUUGUAAAAGAUCAUAAAGGCUUGGGAUUCAGCAUUUUGGAUUACCAGGACCCUUUGGAUCCCACACGAUCAGUGAUUGUGAUCCGUUCCCUGGUGGCAGAUGGUGUUGCAGAAAGAGCAGGAGAACUCUUACCUGGAGACCGCCUGGUUUCAGUCAACGAAUACUCUUUGGAGAACACCACACUUGCUGAAGCCGUGGAAGUGUUGAAAGCCGUACCACCAGGCAUUGUACGCCUUGGCAUCUGUAAGCCCUUGGUGGAAGAUGAUAAAGAGGGAGAAAGUCAUUAUAUUUUACAUUCAAACAGAAAUGAAGACAAGACUGAACUUUCAGAAACAAUUCAUGAUAUAAAUUCAUCUUUAAUACUCGAAGCACCCCAGGGAUUUAGAGAUGAACCCUAUUAUCAAGAGGAACUUGUAGAUGAGCCGUUCCUAGAUUUGGGGAAGACUUUCCAGUCCCAACAAAAAGAGAUAGACAACAGCAAGGAGGCCUGGGAGAUGCGUGAAUUUCUGACUCCCAGGUUGCAAGAGAUGGGGGAAGAAAGAGAGAUGCUUGUGGAUGAAGAAUAUGAGCUGUAUCAAGAUCGCUUUCAGUCCAUGGACUUGUAUGCCUCUUCGCACCUUCAGGAGGCUGCUCCUGUUCCCUCCGUGAAGGAACUUCAUUUUGGCACACAGUGGUUACAUGACAGUGAACCACCUGAGCUUCAAGAAGCAAGGUCCAUGAUGAGUAUCUAUUCCCAGGAAACACAGCAGUAUGGCUACAGCGCUGAAAACAUGAUGAAAGAAAAUUUUGGCAUUGAUUCCCUACCCUCCAUGCCCUCAUCUGAAGGAAGCAGUCAACAAGGCAGAUUUGAUGAUCUGGAAAAUCUUAAUUCAUUAACACAAAGCAGUCUGGAUUUAGGUAUGAUGAUUCCAGAUGAUGCCCAAGGUCCUGGCUUGCUUGUUGAACUUCCUGCUGUGGCUCAAAGAAGGGAGCAAGAAGAUUUGCCUUUAUAUCAACUCCCCAGGACUCGAGUUGUUUCCAAGACCUCGGCAUACACAGGAACACUGUCUUCUAGAUAUACCACUGAUGCAUGUGAGUUACCUGAGAGAGAAGAAGGUGAAGGAGAAGAAACUCCAAACUUCAGCCACUGGGGUCCACCAAGAAUUGUUGAGAUUUUCAGAGAACCCAAUGUGUCCCUUGGUAUUAGUAUUGUUGGUGGACAAACUGUUAUAAAACGCCUGAAGAAUGGAGAGGAACUUAAAGGUAUAUUUAUCAAACAAGUUUUAGAAGACAGUCCAGCAGGAAAAACAAAUGCUCUUAAAACAGGAGAUAAAAUACUGGAGGUGUCUGGAGUAGAUUUGCAGAAUGCCUCACACAGAGAAGCAGUCGAGGCCAUUAAGAAUGCAGGAAAUCCUGUGGUGUUCGUUGUUCAGAGCUUGUCGUCCACUCCAAGAGUUGUUCCUACUGUGCAUAACAAGGCCAACAUAAUCGCUAGUAACCAGGACCAAAACACCGAAGAAAAAAAAGAAAAGAGACCAGGAACCGCUCCACCUCCAAUGAAACUUCCACCUCCUUAUAAAGCUCCGUCUGAUGACAGUGACGAAAAUGAAGAAUAUGCCUUUACCGACAAAAAAAUCAGGCAAAGAUAUGCAGACCUGCCUGGAGAAUUGCACAUUAUUGAGCUUGAAAAGGAUAAGAAUGGACUCGGACUCAGCCUUGCUGGCAAUAAAGACAGGUCACGCAUGAGCAUAUUUGUGGUGGGAAUUAACCCGGAAGGACCUGCUGCCACGGACGGGCGAAUGCGUAUCGGAGAUGAACUGUUGGAGAUAAACAAUCAGAUCCUGUAUGGAAGAAGCCACCAAAAUGCAUCUGCCAUUAUUAAGACUGCCCCAUCAAAAGUCAAGCUGGUUUUCAUCAGAAAUGAAGAUGCAGUCAAUCAGAUGGCCGUUGCUCCAUUUCCAUUACCAUCAAGUUACCCAUCUUCUGUUGAGGAUCAGAGUGGUACUGAACCUAUUAGCAGUGAGGAAGAUGGCAUGAAACAAUUGCCUGAAAAUGAAAGCUCCAAACUGGCUGUCAGCCAAAUGAAACAGCAAAAAUAUUCGACGAAAGUUUCCUUCAGUUCACAAGAGGUACCUUUAGCACCAGCUCCGUCAUACCAUUCAACAGAUGCAGACUUCCCAGGCUAUGGUGGUUUCCAGGCUCCCCUGUCAGUGGACCCUGCCACGUGUCCCAUUGUUCCUGGCCAGGAAAUGAUUAUAGAAAUAUCCAAGGGACGUUCAGGUCUUGGUCUCAGCAUUGUGGGAGGAAAAGACACACCUUUGGAUGCUAUAGUUAUACACGAAGUCUACGAAGAAGGAGCAGCGGCCAGAGACGGAAGACUUUGGGCUGGUGACCAGAUAUUAGAGGUUAAUGGGAUUGACCUGAGGAGCGCCAGCCAUGAAGAAGCCAUCACAGCCCUGAGGCAGACCCCGCAGAAGGUGCGGCUGGUGGUGUAUAGAGAUGAGGCACACUACAGGGAUGAGGAGAACUUGGAGAUUUUCCCAGUGGAUCUGCAGAAAAAGGCCGGCCGAGGACUGGGUCUGAGUAUUGUUGGGAAACGAAAUGGAAGUGGAGUGUUUAUUUCUGACAUCGUGAAAGGUGGAGCUGCAGACCUUGAUAGGAGAUUGAUUCAGGGAGAUCAGAUCUUAUCUGUGAAUGGGGAGGACAUGAGAAAUGCCUCACAGGAGACGGUGGCCACUGUCCUCAAGUGUGCACAGGGGCUGGUGCAGCUAGAGAUUGGAAGACUCCGUGCUGGUUACUGGACCUCCUCAAGGAAGACGUCACAGAACAGUCAGGGCAGCCAACACAGUGCACAGAACAGCUUCCACCCCGCCCUCGCUCCUGUCAUCGCCAGCCUGCAAAGCCUGGUCGGCACAAAAAGAGCUACAGACCCUUCCCCCAAAAGUUCAGGCGCAGAUACAGGACCAAGGACCGUUGAAAUAAUCAGGGAGCUCAGCGAUGCCCUUGGAAUCAGUAUUGCUGGAGGAAAAGGAAGUCCCUUAGGAGAUAUCCCAAUAUUUAUUGCCAUGAUUCAGGCCAGUGGUGUGGCUGCACGUACACAGAAGCUUAAGGUUGGAGAUCGGAUUGUCAGCAUUAAUGGGCAACCUUUGGAUGGGCUGUCUCACGCAGAUGUGGUUAAUCUGCUGAAGAACGCCUACGGGCGCAUUAUCCUGCAGGUUGUAGCAGAUACCAAUAUAAGCGCCAUAGCAACUCAGCUUGAAAACAUGUCUGCGAGCUACCAUCUUGGUUCUCCCACGGCUGAACACCAUCCAGAAGACACUGAAACACCUCCACCUAAGAUUAUUACUUUGGAGAAAGGCUCUGAAGGAUUGGGGUUUAGUAUUGUAGGGGGUUAUGGAAGUCCCCAUGGAGACCUGCCAAUUUAUGUCAAGACUAUAUUUGCAAAGGGAGCAGCUGCAGAUGACGGCCGGUUGAAGCGAGGCGAUCAGAUUUUAGCCGUUAAUGGCGAGACCCUGGAAGGUGUCACUCAUGAGCAAGCUGUGGCCAUUCUAAAACACCAGAAAGGGACUGUAACCUUAACUGUGCUGUCAUGA